CAGCUCGGCCCCGGACAGUGCAGCAGACGGGGCUGGUCCCGAGGCGGCUGCGGCCCCGGGGGAAUGGGUGGGUUGAGGGUGUCCAGGGAGCAGGGUCGGGCCGAAGUGCAUUGACCGCCGGGCCCAGAGGGUCCGAGCCGGGAGCGGAGCCUGCACCCGCCACCACCCGCCCUUCGGGAAAUUUCAGAACUGAGCCAAGAGGCAGGUGCACCGGGGGAAUGGGUCUGAGUCUUGCUUGGCAGAAGAGAAACUGAGUCACCAGAUCGGGAGCCGCAGGGUCAGCGGGCCCGAAGGGGGCUGGGUCGGCCAGUGGUGCAGAGGGUUGGGUGGGCCCGUGUGAGCUGAGGUGGCCACUGGCUGGAGAUUGCUCUCUCUGCUGUGUCUGCACCUCUUGGCUCGGUUCCCCUGUGCUCCAUGACUCUCGCAUCUCCUGGCUUCUCGUUGGGCUGGAAUUGUCCCUGUGGUUGGAGCCAUCCGAAUGUGUAGGAUCUAGGCCAAGGAGGAAGGGGAGGGGUCGCCGAUUGUGGGUCUGAGCAGGAGCCUGAGGUUGGGGGAGACUUUCCUGAGCUGUCCUCUCCGCAGUCCUGGUGCCAGUCAUCAUCCAGUGUAAUACGGGGGAGGAACACUAACAAAGAGCCAUGGGUUUUAAAUGCCAUGCCCAGCGUUGCCACUUGCUAGUUGUAAGAUCUUGGGAAGCCUCUUCCUUUCUCUAAUUUCUCUUGGAGAAAUUGGCACCCAUAAAGAUAGUAAUGAUGGCAGUCCUGUAUUGUGUGCUUACUCUCUGCCAAGCUCUGAUGUGUUCUGUUUGCUUCUCCCCGUGAUUCCAUGGGUUAGGGACCAUGAGCUCUGUGUUAUAGAUACAAACCUGCAGUUCAGAGAGGACAUAGAAUCUGUUCAAGAUCACGGCGCUAAUAGGGGGCAGAGCCGGGAUUUCAUCCCAGGUCCAACUCCAGGUCCCGUCGCCUUAACCACCAGGCUCGCCAGCCUUUAGGGCACACUCCCCAGUGAAAAGAAGAGGAAGUGAGAAACCCUAGGGCCCCAGCUCCCUGUUAUGGUUUAUUUACUUUGUGGCCAAGAAAGACUUGCCCUGACCCAACCCACGGUCUUUCCCCGCCUGGGGCUGCUGCUCCUGGGCCCCAGGCUGAAGGCACCAAAGAACUGGGCUGUGGCCAUUCUGAGCCUCUGUCACACGGGGCUGCUGGGCCCUGGGGUCCGCUUCCAGGACAGUUGUGGUUUCAGUCCAUCAUCCAUUCAUCCUCUUUACUGAGCAGCCUCCCUCCUCAGAGCUGGACCUCAGGACGCACGAGGCAGGUGUGGCCCUAGCUCUCUGAGAGCUGGGGCAGGACAGGGCUGUGUCAGACUGGUCCAGCCAGUCCCUGGGGACAAGGACUAUGCAGUGGGCAAAACCGUAGACUUGGCCUUCUGAAACUUUUCUGAGCCUCGGUUUCCUCAUCUGUUACCAAGGUUAUUAAAGCCUGUUGCAGGGAAAGCUGCUGCCGCUCUCCCCGUGUCUUCUGGCUGCUUCCCUCUUUGCUGCCCCUCCCCACAGGCUCCCCCUCUCCACCUCCUGGGGACCAUCAUGAAUGGUGCCCCUUCCCCGGAGGAUGGGGCCUCCCCGUCUCCUCCGCCUCUGCCACCCCCUCCUCCCCCCAGUUGGCGGGAGUUCUGCGAGUCCCAUGCCCGGGCUGCGGCCCUGGAUUUUGCCCGUCGUUUUCGCCUCUACCUGGCCUCCCACCCCCAGUAUGCGGGGCCCGGGGCUGAGGCUGCCUUCUCCCGCCGUUUUGCCGAGCUCUUCCUGCAGCACUUUGAAGCCGAGGUGGCCCGGGCCUCCGGCUCCCUCUCACCACCCGUCCUGGCCCCCCUGAGUCCUGGUGUGGAGAUCCCGCCACACGACCUGUCCCUUGAGAGCUGCAGGGUGGGCGGGCCCCUGGCUGUGCUGGGCCCUUCUCGAUCAUCUGAGGACCUGGCCGGCCCCCUCCCUUCCUCAGUCUCUUCCUCUUCCACGACCUCCUCCAAGCCGAAGUUAAAGAAACGCUUCUCUCUCCGCUCCGUGGGUCGCUCCGUCCGCGGUUCGGUCCGCGGCAUCCUGCAGUGGCGGGGGACCGUUGACCCUCCCUCCCCAGCCGGGCCCCUCGAGACCUCGUCAGGCCCCCCCGUCCUGGGUGGAAACAGCAACUCCAACUCCUCUGGCGGGGCUGGGACCAUUGGCAGGGGACUGGUUAGUGAUGGAACAUCCCCCGGGGACCGAUGGACUCACCGAUUUGAGAGGCUGAGACUCAGUCGGGGCGGGGGGGCCUUGAAGGAUGGAGCAGGGAUGGUGCAGAGGGAAGAGCUGCUGAGUUUCAUGGGGGCUGAAGAGGUAGCCCCUGACCCAGCCGGAGUGGGCCGGGGGGGCGGGGCAGCUGGGCCUACCUCGGGGGGAGGAGGGCAGCCUCAGUGGCAGAAGUGUCGCUUACUGCUUCGAAGUGAAGGAGAAGGAGGAGGAGGAAGUCGUCUGGAGUUCUUUGUGCCGCCCAAGGCGUCUCGGCCUCGACUCAGCAUCCCCUGCUCUGCCAUCACGGAUGUGCGAACGACCACCGCCCUGGAGAUGCCCGACCGGGAGAACACGUUUGUGGUUAAGGUGGAAGGCCCCUCGGAGUACAUCCUAGAGACGGCUGAUGCUCUACACGUGAAGGCCUGGGUGUCCGACAUCCAAGAAUGCCUGAGCCCGGGACCCUGCCCCGCUACCAGUCCCCGCCCCAUGACCCUCCCCCUGGCCCCUGGGACCUCCUUCCUUACAAGGGAGAACACAGACAGCCUGGAGCUGCCCUGCCUCAAUCACUCAGAGAGUCUGCCCAGCCAGGAGCUGCUGCUGGGACCCAGCGAGAGCAAUGACCGCCUGUCGCAGGGGGCUUACGGGGGCCUUUCAGACCGUCCCUCGGCGUCCAUCUCCCCCAGCUCUGCCUCCAUCGCCGCCUCCCAUUUUGACUCCAUGGAACUGCUUCCCCCCGAGCUGCCCCCCCGCAUCCCCAUCGAAGAGGGACCCCCAGCAGGCACAGCCCAUCCCCUUGCAGCCCCCUACCCGCCCCUGGACACUCCAGAAGCGGCCACAGGUACCAGAGGACCAUUCCUGUUCCAGGGGGAGUCAGAGGGAGGUGAAGGGGACCAGCCCCUCUCAGGGUACCCUUGGUUCCACGGGAUGCUCUCUCGACUCAAGGCCGCCCAGCUGGUGCUGGCCGGAGGCACCGGCUCCCAUGGCGUCUUCCUGGUGCGCCAGAGUGAGACGAGACGGGGUGAAUACGUCCUCACUUUCAACUUCCAGGGCAAGGCCAAGCACCUGCGCCUGUCGCUGAACGAGGAGGGUCAGUGCCGGGUCCAGCACUUGUGGUUCCAGUCCAUUUUCGAUAUGCUCGAGCACUUCCGGGUGCACCCCAUCCCUCUGGAGUCUGGAGGCUCCAGUGACGUUGUUCUUGUCAGCUAUGUCGUGUCCUCCCAGCGACAGCAGGGUGAGCAGAGCAGGUCUGCAGGGGAGGAGGUGCCCGUGCACCCAAGAAGCGAGGAGGCCGGGAGCAGGCCGGGAGCCAUGCUGGGGUGUGCGAGGGAGAUCGAUGCUACCCCGAUGCCUCCUCCACCCUCAUGCCCUUCGGAGCGAGUGACUGUGUAACCGAACACCUCCCAUGACCCACCCCAGCCCCCUGAACCCCCUUCAUGGACAGAUCCCCCACAUCCUGGGGCAGAAGAGGCGUCGGGGGCGC